AUGGCAUCUACCCAGAAGGGUUCAGUCUAUCAGGUAGCCAAGUCAAGUAGAACUGGGUCCAAGAUAGCAGUUCCAGCACAUAGAGGGACUGAGACUAUUAGCGCCACUCAACGGGGACAUGGGUACAUUAAUUCCUCAAGCCAGCAAAAUGCUGCUGUCUCUCUGAGCCCCAAUCCCCAACGAAGAUCAGAAGCUAUGUAUAACACCACUGCCCACUCAGCAUCUGACUAUCUUCGAUCUCUGUCAAUGCAGUCAGGGCCUCCCUUAUAUACAGCAUACCAGAGGGGGAUGGAGACCCGACAAAGAACAGAUGCACCCCGCCAUUCCUCUCCUCAUCGAAAGAUGUCAGCUUUCCCAACCAUGAAUGCACAACGGAAUGUUAGUCCAAUCAGAGAGGAAGCAAUGCGAAGUGUCGACAGCAAGCCAGGUCGUGAUAUUGGCCACCGUAUCUCAUCUCCUGAUGCCAAAUCCCCCCGUCGCUUGAGUUUUAUAGAUGAAAAGGAAAGCUUACAAUUACAAAACUUAGAAGAAGAGGACCCACCCUCCAAGGUCCAGAACCCCCAAGGGGUCAGAGUUCCUCGUAGGAUUUCAUCUCAUCCAAAGGAUGAAGCAGUACAAACAGAUCCCAUCCGAAAGAUUUCCAAUAUCAAUGAGGUCAAAUCUCCAAGGAGUGUCUAUACUGGCGGCAGCAGGGCUCCUGCAGACCACCGGGCAGUCCUUAGGCGGACCACUGCCCUAGAGCCAGAAAUGGGUCCUACCAACCCAGUUCUUCCUGAACCAAAAGCCUCCAUCAAAAAUACAAAAUUGGCACCAACCCUCAAACUCUCCGUUCUUAGAGACUUACCUAGUGGAUAUCGAGUUCCUGUACGUUCAGAGGGGGAGCCUCUCCAAAAGCAUUAUGUAUGCACUGAGGCUAAGCCCCCCACAAAGGUUAUAAUACCAUCGGAGGUGGAGGCCAAUGAGAAGUCCCUGAAACGAGACAGUGAGAUUGGCCGCAGGGUCACCAUCUCCCCAAUGGAAUACUCAGUGCAGGCGGCUCACCGUUUGUCAACUCGAGGAGGAGUGUCUGAAGCUCCUCACAAAUCUCCUAUAUACCCAGAACCCUGCUCGAAGCCUUCCAUCCAGGCAGAACUGGAACUGACCCCUCGGCCCUUACCCCCUCGGUCCUUACCUAGGUAUGGGCCUGACUGCUCAUGGUGGGCCUUACUGAAUCGUGAAACUGAAAUGCCCCAAAGCCGGCCAUGCACACCUGAUUUUGAGCAUAAGUCCCCUCCUCCCCUAGACCCCAUAAUGUCCUUUUAUGAAAUGGACUCAAACCUUUUCUGUGAAGACUUAAUGUUCCAGAGAGAAAAACCAUUCCCUCAUGUCCUCAAGCAUGCCAGCAAACAACUCAUUCAAGGGUUUAAUGCUUUCUUCCUGGAUGUCUCUGAGGAAAUGCAAAAUCGAAUUCUCUGGUGGCUAAAAGGUUUGUGCCUUUCCUUCUUGUGGGUCCAUUGUGGAGGGAGGGUUAAAAGAUAG